CUCAUUUUCUCCAAGCUACGACUUAUCUCGUACUCUGCCAGAAGAUCAUUUUGUCGGUUUUUCACAGAGCACAGCUUUUCUGAAAAGGCGGUGCCGAGAACGUGCACCCGUUCUGAAGAGCAUUUCGUUUUGUCUGUGUCGUGGACUCCUGCCUCUACUUUCCCCGCCUGUGCCUUCUUUUCCUUCACCAACGUCCAGUCACCCAUCUUUCACUCUUUCUGAUACUCCCCACUCAUUUUUACUCUGUUCAUCUUCUCUCUCUAUUCAUCUUCUUUCCAACAAAUCUACUCCGCCAUAAGCAGCUCUCUGCCUGAGCCUACGCUCUGCCUGCUAUACUUGAUUACGCCAAAGUUCGAUGGUUGGUUUCUCAACACCUUACGGUCGAUCAGAAUUGAGUCCCCCGGCAGUAACCAUGGUAAAAGGUCGCCGUCGCUGGCGACGACCUUGGGCUUUCUUCCGGUCGAUUGUUCAAUCCUUUCCCCAUUGGGGUCCUCGAGCAUCCGCAAACAAGCCUUCUGAUCCACCUUCCUCCACACAUGCUCCUACAAGCCAUGGGCCGGGGAUAGCUCUCCCUUCGACGGUGAUUGAAAACAUGGGUGAAGCAAUUGUGGCUGCUGCGGGAGUGGAUUCAUCGGUCGCGAGCGGGACACCAAGCACGGUCACCGUACACUACACCUGUGCUGAGAACAACACCGUUCCUGCCUGUCGGAUCGAUCAUACAUCAAGUCAGUCAACACAAAAAGCCAUGAGCGAGAUUCAAGGUCCGCUCAGCUUGGGGAAUGCACAUCUUGAGAGCAGCGAGAGGAGUGAGAAAGAAAUUAUCAUCCCACUACCACUCCCCUUGGAGCCAAUUCCAGCCCAAGGCGGUCCUGAAGCCCCUGAAGUGUCCAGUGGUGAUGAUGAUGAUGAUGAUGAUGAUGAUGACGAUGACGACUUCUUCACUCCGACAGCAACAGUGGUAACGGCCGAUCCCAACAUCACGAUCGAGGUUCUGGCCGCGCUGGAUAGCCAGGCAAGAGCGAGUAUUAUGAAGAAGAGUAUCCAAGAGCAAGCGAAGCUGAUACUAGAGCCCUGCAACCUCGUGUUACUACCCCUCGGAUCCACACUGAACAACUACAAGAUCUCUGUUCUUGGAAUUGUGCGGGAUGUUGACUGGUACUUUGCGGCAACGGCUCGUACGUACACCACGGACUUUUAUGUAGUGGACAUUGAAGAGUUCGACGUGGUUAUUGGCCAACCGACGAUCAAACAAUAUGGACUUCUCAGAAAGCACACCGAGAUUCCACGACGUGUUCUUCGGCGCCUUUGAGGGGUUAAUAUACUUAGAAAGACGGAGAGGCGGCGGAGGGUGCACAGAAAGAAGGGCACGCAUGCAGCGCAUAUAUCAUAUGUCCUAUCCGCGUUGAGGUGCGGGCAGUGACACGUCUCAUGCACUACGUCCAUUUCCUCGCCCUGUCCUACUUCCAUUGAUGCAACUCACUUCUCUCCUCCCGAGGAGAUUUUUUUUUCAGUUUUUAUUCGUGCAUUUUACUGUGGUUGGUGUUUGGAACCUUGGGGUUCAAAGAGAAUAAAACAUAGAUGGCAAACGGUGGGGUGGGCAUAAUGCUGAUUUAGAAUUGUUUUGAGACCCACAACCAGCAACUUCCACCCUUUGCUUUUCCUGCUGUUUGUUAUCCCAACUUUGAAGUUGUUCCUGCUGUUUCCGACCGGCCCAGGAUCGUUGCAUGCUUAGCAUGUAUCCGGUGCUUUGUUUGCUUGCUUAUUCU